AUGGAAAUACCUCCACAAUACAACCAAGAUAUCUUUAAAUACCUAGAUGAUCUACUUGAAUUCGUUAGCGAUGAUUAUGUCAAGUCAUUGAUUGAGACCCACACCAACAGCGCACGUCUAAUGCAGCGAAGGUGGGAUAAUCACGAAGCAUUCUCUGAGUGGAUGCACUGGGCUGAGUCCACCAACACCCACACUUCGCAAUGGAAAGAUGAGCAGAUACGAAGAAUUGCUGUUGGUGAUAUUAGUGAGGAAUGGCCGAUCAGUCUACAGCGUCAUGUCACUCGCUGCAACGAACUAGCUGCCCCACGCGCAUACCGUAACUCAGAAAAACCUCACACCAAACGGAUAAACCUGCGACAUGGAAAAGUGAAUAAUCUCGGUAUGACUCCAAAAAAGAUGCAUGAGUGUGAACGAUUGUCUACACUCAUUGGCAAUGACUUCUCCCACCACACCCACCUCAUCGAUGUUGGUAGUGGGCAGGGCUAUCUCAGUAGAACACUCAGUCGCCAACCAUUCGAUUUCGCUGUUCUCGCUGUUGAUAGUGAUAACAACAAUGUACAGCGCUCACAGAUAACCUCCGAAAGACGCGAUGUGGGGCUUACAACGGGCCGAUUAGACCAUGUCUGCGCUUUUCUCGAUAGACAGAGUUUGGAGCGGGUGAACAGGGAGUGGAAAGCGAAGGGUGAUUCUCGGAGUACUCUAAUUGGGUUACAUCCUUGUGGUGAUCUCUCAGUCGAAGUUAUAGAGGCAUUCAUCGACGGUAUACACGAUUACGAUGGUCUGGUCUUGGUUAGCUGCUGCUACAAUAAGCUGUCACCGCAGAACUUCCCUCUCUCUCAAAAAACCCGCACGCAGAUCGCCCGCCUCGAGCCAGGAAGAUUCGUUUGGGAAUACGACUACUUUGGUUUGGCAGUGCAUACUCUCGCUCAUUGGACUAUGGAGCCUGAAAAGUAUUGGGAGGUAGCGCGCUUCCCGAUGUUUAAACUCCUUUGCAGAUCACGCCUAGCUGAGUGUCUGCGUCGCAUAGGUCGCCCACACUUCAGCGAAAAUCGCCUAGGCAAACUGCGCGAUCGCCAUUACAAAGAUUGGUGGACUUACAGGAAGGGUGCAGCUGAGAAACUUUCUCUACAACCAGAAGAGUUGGCGGAUGACAUCGAUGACGCCUUCUGGGAGCUCAUCGAUUGGCGCAUGAAGGUGUUCUGGACAGCCAAAGCACGCUGUGGUGAUAUGUUUGAGUCUCUGAUACACCUCGAUCGCUUUCUCUACGUUAAGGAGCGCACGGCACAUGAACCACACACAACGGUACAAGUGCGACCUAUUUUCGACAUUGACACAGGCAGUGCUCGCAAUCUAGCACUCACUGUUGAUAGACUUGAUAGUAACCAAAGGAAAUAG